AUGGACAACGCCCUAUAUACAGCCUUCGUGGGGAGAGCUGUCAAGGUAAAGAUAUGUGACAGCUCGGAAUUCAGAGGAACGUCUGUUGCAAUAGAUGCAUAUCUCAACAUAUCCUUAGAAUCUGUGUCCUACAUCCAAAAUGGCCAGGAGCCUAGGUAUUAUUCCUCCCUAUUCAUCAAGGGAUCUUACAUUGAUCACAUAGCAUUGGAUUCAUAG